GGCCACUAGGUGGCGCCGGAGAACCUCCAGCCUGCUGGUUUCAAACUGCAAACAAAAGACAAGAAAAGUACAAAGAUCAGGACACGGAGUUAUGUGAGGGGAUCAGAAGCCGGCAAGUAGCAGUGAGGAGUGGGAGCAGAGGCAGGCAGGGUGCUCCUGAGCUGGGAGGCACAUCGCCAGGCGGCAUUACCAGCUCCCCUGCCCUCCUGUCAUGUGCCAGGGAUCAGGCACCUCUCCAGCCAGCAGCAGCAGCCUGUGGAAUAGCCGAGGAAGCAGGAGAACACUGCUCUGGGUUUUGAAGAACAAUAAAGCUGUGAAAAGUUGAAUGGAAAAAACAUGAAAAGUUUAAAAGCAAAGUUUCGGAAAAGUGAUACUAACGAGUGGAACAAGAAUGACGAGCGUUUGCUACAAGCCGUGGAACAUGGAGAAACGGACAAAGUGUCAGCUCUUCUGGGGAAGAAAGGAGUGGUGGCCACGAAACUGGACAGCGAGGGGAAAACGGCGUUCCAUCUCGCCGCCAUGAAAGGGAAUGCAGACUGUCUAAGGGUUAUGCUGGCACAUGGCGUAGAUGUCUUAGCACAAGAUCUAUCAGGACACAGUGUUCUACACUUGGCUGUGAAAUAUAACCACAUUGAAUGUGUAAAGCGACUUAUACAGUCUAAAUGUCCGACAGAUUGCAUAGACUUCGUUGGGAAAACGUGUGUGCAUUAUGCAGCCGCCAUGAACCAUCUCCCGGUGCUGCAGCUCUUGUGCGAACACAAAUGUCUCCUAAACGUAAAAGAUUUGGACGGGAACACACCUCUGCUAAUAGCAGUCCAAAAAGGCCAUCUAGAGGCGUGCAAGUGCCUACUGGACCACAAAGCUGACAUAAAUAUUCCAGAUAAGAAUGGAAAGACUCCCCUAAUGUUAGCGUGUGAAUCCGGUCACUUCCAUAUGGUGGACACCUUAGUGCAUAGAGGAGCAGGUUUAACCCUAACAGAUGCCCUGGGCCAUGACGCUCUUCAUUAUGCUAAAUUGUCGGGAAAUCCACACAUCCUUAGUCUUCUUCUGUCAAAGACGAGCCAAGAACACGGAAUGAAGACCCCGACCAAGCCAUUACAGCAUGAUCAAGUCACUAGAUUAAGCUCAGAGAGAAGUGGAACUCCCAAAAAACGCAAAGCUCCGCCUCCUCCUCCUAUCAGCCCUUUACAGUUAAGUGACUUGUCUUCCCCAUUAUCCUCAACAUCAACUCCGCUCUCGGCCAAAGGUGAAGUUUUCUUCUCCGAUCAAAGCAACAAGGAUGAAAAUACACACUGCAGACGAGACUACAGAGACAGACUAAGUGAUAGUACAGGGGAAGACAGUCUGCUCGAUGUCAGCUUAGAGGCUGAGCCACAAGACAUCAUCUUUCUGCUGCAAACAAAAAUUACCACGCUAACACUAUUAAACAAGGAACUCCAACACAGACUACAGAAAAAAGAAAAUGUUGGGGCAGUAACGGAUAUUAGCUGUGACUCAUUCCAUUCUACACAGACGGACUUAUCUGUUGCCAAAAGUCAAGAAGCAGUUGUUUCAGAAAACUCUGAUAAUUCCUUUGAGUCCCAACUGGAGGUGACUAACAAUGAACUAAAAGUGAAACAGCUGGAAAAAGUCAUAGAGGAGAUGCAAAUUAAAUUAGAGGAGUCUGAAACAAUGCGGAAGAUCUUGGAAGCCCAGAUCCCAUCAGAGUCCACAGUUGUCCAAAAUUCUUUCAGUAUGGAGACUUUAGACUUUGCCUCAGAUACAGACAUACAGUCUCAGGGAUCACCCAAUGACCUGCCUCUAAAGCCAAAUCUACAAAGGAUGUCAAGAGUGGAUCAGGAGUUGGAAGAAGAUGGCGUUGUGAAAACAAGUGAGGAAAGUUUGUUGGUGCUCGAAGAGUUUGAAGCACUAAAGCGAGAAUACCAGGAAGUCCUGGCUGAAAGUGAGAGGAAAGAAAAUGAGAUGAAUGACCUAAGGCACCAGAUAGAUGUGGUAACCCAAAGCAUCGUCACAUUGGUGCCCAUAGAAAGACAAGAGGAGAUGGAGAAAUCGUAUUGUGCUGUCAUAGAAAAACUGAAUACGGAGAAUGCCGAACUUAACGUUCAGCGACAAGAAUUGCUGGAAGAGAUAAAGCAUUUGCGGGAAGAUUUAAAAAUGAAUACAGAAUCUGCCUCUCCACCAGAGAAUGGACAGUUGGCGGAAGACAUGACAAGUACGAUCGAUGAGUUGACCAAACAAGUGAGCGAGUUGUCUUUGUUGUACCAUGAAGCCCAAGCCGAACUUGAAAAGGCAAGGCAAGCAUCCGACAGUCUCUCGUCGGACUUUAUUCACAAAGAUGAUCACGAGAAGCUUUUGCAAGAAGUUGAAGAAGGCAAAGAGAAAGUAGAGAAUGAUUUAGUGGAUCUGGCAUCCCAGCAUGCUCGGAUCUUAGAAGAAGUAUGCGAGUUGAAGCAACAGUUGGAUAAGGAAAAGGGAAACACAAUGGUAUUAGAACACGUGGAAGUUAUUGAAGACUUAAAAAACACAAUUGGACAUUUGGAAGUUGAGAGAAGCGAGCUGAGAGAGCUGGUUGCCAGGCAGGAAACCAGAAUAAAGAGUUUACAAGAAGAGCUACAGCAGGAGAAGACUUCUGUGCAAGAAGCAAUGGCCACUAAAAUAUUGUUAGCGGAACGGCAGGUGUCUUUAGAAGAGGAAAUCAGUACGUUAUCUUUGCAAGUUGGAAAUUUGUCUAAGGAGAAAGAAACAUUUUCUAUAGAAAGUAAACGGGCUAAAAAGGAACUUACGCAGUUAAAGGAAGAAAAGGAAGUUUUGGAGAGUCAUCUUAAGUUAAAAGAACAGGAAAUCAAUGAACUUCGUAUUAAAUGUGAUAAAGUCCAGGAGGAUCUACACGAAAUAAAGAGGUUGACGGAAAAUACUUCAAAAAUAGAAGAAGACAAAGAUAAAAAGAUAACAGAGCUCUCAAAGGAGGUGAACAAACUCAAGGAUGCACUCAACAGCCUCUCACAGCUGUCCUUCACCACAAGCACUUCCAAGCGUCAGGGCCUGCAACUGGAGUCUUUACAACAGCAGAUCAAACAGUUGCAGAACCAGCUGGUGGAUACCAAGAAGCAGCACCAGGAGAUAGUGUCAGUUUACAGAAUGCACUUGCUCUAUGCAGUUCAGGGCCAAAUGGAUGAAGAUGUCCAAAAAGUGCUAAAACAGAUACUGACUAUGUGCAAGAGUCAAUCGCAAAAAAUCUGAUUGUGGCAUCACCAAUAGGAUGAAUAUGUACUACAGCACUGCCUCUUAGUAUUACAGAGAUCCCCCAAAUAUGCUGGAUGUCAAACGUUUGCGUUCUUCUGUAUCAGAAAAUUGUUUUUUUUUUUCUUUUUAUAUAUAUAUAUUUUUUGAUAAGAAACCACCGUCUUCGAUCAGCAUUCAUAAUGGACCGCUAGCAUGUUUUCUAAGAUAGUUUGCCAGGAACGUCUUUUGGACUGCUGCUGGACAUCUUACUAGAACUCUCAUCUGGUAGCAAAUAAAUGGAAUACACUGAGAGAUGUUUAUGGAAACUAUUGCCCAUGUAGUGGUGCAUAAAAAGUUGCUUUAACUACUAGCAACAAAUCUGUCAAUUUGUUGGUAUUUUCUACCGUUACAGCACCUUUAUUUUGUGCACCAGUUUUCAUACUGUCCCAAAUCAGAUUUUGUAGCACACAUACUCAUUAUACUUAGACCAUACUAGUGAAGGGCUAGUAAAGUAGUUUUCUUAUGCAGUAAUAUUAUUCUGAAUUGUUUUUUUAUAUAUUUUAUUUUUAAAAUAAUAGCUCUUUGAUUAUUGUAACUUUAUUGUUGCUUAAUUUUAUAGAUCAGACUAGUAAAAUACAUACAUGGGUCUUACUCUCUCCGGAAAAGUUUUGAAGUUUAUUUUAUAUACAGUAUAUGUUUUCAUGUGCGUAAUACAUAUGUCUGCAUUGUGAUCCCACUCCAAGUUAAUAAACAAAUAAUAAAUAAAAUAAUAAGGACUGGAACACUACAA